GCCCAGUCCACGUAUAAAUGACAGGGCCCGCUGUGGCUGGACUACGACACUUAGUGAUUUCGUGUGGUGUGCGCUCACCGGUUGACUGAAGACAUGGAAAAGAUGGACACUGCUGGUUUCUCCGGCUUCUGGAAGAUCACGGUGUGGGACCAGGAGGGCCUGCAGGGCAAGAAGCAGGAGUUCACCUCGGGCUGCCACAACGUCUUCGAGAGCGGCAUCGAGAGCGUGCGCUCCAUGCGCGUGGAGAGCGGCGCGUGGGUGGGGUACGAGCACAGCGGCUACCAGGGCCAGCAGUUCAUCCUCGAGAAGGGCGACUACCCCCGCUGGGACGCGUGGAGCGGAAACCUCGCCUACCACACCGAGAGGCUCAUGUCCUUCCGACCCAUCCAGUGCGCCAACCACCAGGAGUCCAAGAUGUCAAUCUUCGAGCGAGAGAACUUCCUGGGCCGGACGUGCGACCUAUGCGAUGACUUCCCGGCUCUGCAGUCAAUGGGCUGGUGCAACAGCGAGGUCGGCUCCAUGAAAGUUCAGAGUGGAGCAUGGGUUUGCUACCAGUACCCAGGCUACCGCGGGUACCAGUACAUCAUGGAGUGCGACCGCCACACGGGGGAGUAUCGUCACUACCGCGAGUUCGGGUCGCACGCUCAAACCAGCCAGGUGCAGUCGAUCCGCAGAGUGCAGCAGUGAACGGAGCACGUUGCGAUGCCCUGUUGCGACACCGGCGGCAACAGCAAUAGCAGCAGCAGCAGGGAGAGGAGAAGCUGUGUUCUUGAAUCCGCCAGACGCCGCCAGCAUCGUCACCA